AAUCUCAUCAAUAGGAAAACGGAACAGUGUAAUUAAUUCAUAAGGUGAUUACUGAAAACACACACAAAACCAUAACACAAAAGAGAAUGGCUUCCAUGAAUAUAUUCCCCGCCAUUUCACUCACCGCCGGCAGCCGGAAUCCGACCACCUAUUUUCCCCGGCGGCGAUCCAGUUCAGUCCUUUCCGCCGCCAAUUCGCCGGAAUCUCCUCCUGAAAUAGAGCUGGAGUUCAUAGGGCCAAAACCGGAGAACGAUGGGUCGUACCCAGUGGAUAAAGUGAAAGCAAUUAGCGGAGAGAAGCUUCUGAGGAACAUUAUGUUGGAUAACAAGAUCGAACUUUAUGCCACCUAUGGGAAGGUGAUGAAUUGUGGGGGAGGUGGUAGCUGCGGAACUUGCAUUGUAGAGAUUACUGAAGGAAAGGAUCUUUUAAAUGAAAGAACAAAUACUGAACUCAGAUAUCUUAAAAAGAAACCAGAAUCUUGGAGGCUGGCUUGUCAAACCAUUGUUGGAAACAAAGUAAACUCUGGCAAGGUUGUUGUUCAGAGGAUUCCUCAGUGGAAGAAGUAAUAGACAAUGUACCUCUUGACGUUAGAAAGAAAAGCUCCAUAUGUACCUCUUCGUUUUAACACAGUUGGAAGCAUCACUACAGAUCACUGAUGUUUGCAUCAUAAAUUUAUGAAAACUUUUGCUUUGGUUCUUAAUAUAAUCAUGCAGAUAUCUUUAGUGUAUAAUUUCCCUUCAUGUUUUGUAAUGCUAGGAACUUGGUUUCUAUUCUUCAGACUAAGGUACAAAUCUUUGUUAGUU